GUCGCACUCGCCUGCCAGCAUCGCGCUCCGCCCUUCGCCGCGUACUUCGUACCGCAUGCCGCACUUCGACACGCAGCCCGACACACGGUCCCUCGAGCUCGCCCCUCACAUUUGAUGGCCACAUCCGCCAAGUCGCCCGCUUGCGCAUCGCCGCACUAGCACCGGAAUCUGGCCUUCGCAUCCGCACAUCGCUGCGAGCCCGGCAGCGCGGUGGUGUAACGUUCCAGCACAGCAGCCGAGAUGGACGGCCGGCCGCGCAACAACUACCCCAAUGGCCUGGGAGACGCACGGGGGCCCACUCGAGGCGCCGCGCCUGGAGGACCAAGAGGGCCACCUUCCACGGCCAGCUCGGGCGCGGCCUCGUCGGGCAUGUCCCGCGCCGAGCGCUUCGACGACGAGCGACGCCGCAUCACCGAGAGCUGCUUCUCCAAGACCGACGACCAGGGACAGCUGCAGGAGUCGUACAUUACCCACAUCCGUGUCCAGGAAGACGCCACCCACCCGCAGUCGCCGCCGCCGCCCACCGCGCCUGCCUCGAACAAGAAGGGCCGCAUCAUCAUGAUCUCCGUGCGCAACACAGGCAGAGUCAGGCUGCACAAGGCACGAGAGAACGCCAACGGGACCUUCUCAGUGGGAAAGACUUGGCCCAUGGAAGACCUCUCGGCUAUUGAGAACUUUGUGCACAUGGAGACCAAAACCCACGACGACGAGCAGAAGAAGCUGUGGGCCGGAGACAAGGGCUUCCUCGUCACCAUCUCGAAGCCCUACUACUGGGAGGCGGGCACGGCGAAAGAAAAGGAGUUCUUCAUCGGCAGCAUGGUGAAGAUCUUCAACAAAUACACAAAGGGAGACUUUCCCAUCCUGACUGGCUUCAGCGUGACCGAAUUGAACAGUCUGACGAACGGAAGGCCGCAUUUGGCCACAGCAGAAGGCAAGGCUGCUGCAAAGCUGGGAGGCCGUGACGACAUGACAGACCCAGCAGUCCAGCGGCAGGCACCUCCGCCAGAUCCACGGCCAUUCCCGCCAAAGUCACCGGGUCCGCCACCACGCAGGCCAGGCGAGCCCCCCUCUGGGCCAUUUGACGAAGGGAGGAGGGGCAUCACACCGCAGUCUUCAAACCCCAACUUCAGAAGACCACCUGGUGCCCUUGACGGGCCGAGAAGGCCAGGUCCAUCGGACGGUGGAAGCAGGCCCAACACAGGGGACGACAGUCGUCGAGCUUCACCUUUUAGCCCGGUCCAGAACACUCCGCCUAUGCCCUCGUUGCGCCAGAAACCGUCCAUGGAACAAAGCAUACGCUCACGGCCUAGUGGCGACAGCAUGAGACCACGGCCACCGCAAACCCGCGACCCUGUACCACCGACCCCGCCAAUACCGUCAGGCAAUCUGACACCACAGUCCUCCACCUCGGCAUUUGGUGGCAGACCGGAAACGCCCCAGUCAAGCACUGAUUUCGUCUCGAAUCUUCCGCAAGCCUUGAGUCCUGGGAGACGAGUGCAGGCCGAAGAUGCUCAAUCUCAACGAUCACAAAGGUCUCUGGAUGAGCAGUCCUUGGAGAGCGCGACACCAAACAUGCCUCCGACGGAGCAGCGCAGACCAAACGGUUUUCCCUCACCGCGCAGGGACCCGUCUCCCAGAGGUCUCAGGCCAGGCACCGCACAGAGCAAUGCAAGUUCGAUCAGGAGUGCUGGCGAGGAAGUGCCUCCAGACGCACCUCCACAACGUCGACGCCCCUUCAUGGAACCACAGCCAUCAUCGUUGUCGCAACGUAGUGUUGCCAGUACCGAUAACGGGGCAGGCACAGCAUUUCACACGCCAUCAGGGACACCAACACCCCCACUGGAAGUUCCACCACGAAGAAGACCGCAGGACAUACCCGAACGGCUCAAGCCUGUGUCUCGAGACGGGCCAGCGCUCCUGCAGAAUGGCUUUCCGACAUCACGGCCCACACCUCCUCCCACGUCGCCGCUUCCGCCACCUCCGCCUGCCGUCGUGCCUGAGCCUCCAGCGCCAGUGCCCGAGCCAGUACCUGAGCCUGCACCUGCGCCCGUUGAGGAACCCCCAACUCAACAGCAACCAGCAAAUGAGCCGGUGGCGGCCCCGCGCGUCGAGACCCCACCUGCGCCUGUCGAGGAGAAAGAGCCUCCUGCUGUCUCGAGCCGGUUCCCAAUGCUCAAGAAAACUAUUGCUGGAUCCGGUCCUGGUGAUGCCGCAAACAAGUUCCGCAAAGCGGCUGCAGCUGCCGGUGCUUUCAAACCUCGUGCUGGAGGCGCCGCAGCGAAGCUGCUCGCAAAGGAAGAGAAGAAGUCUGAUGAGCCUGAUGGUAUAAGCGGGGUCUUUGUACCCAAGCGACCAGCUCCAGUCGAGAUCCCAAAGGAGGAGGUCGUGGAGAAUAAGGUCGAGGAGCCAAGCUCAAGACCGACAUCGAGCCGCGUGUCGCGAGAUCUUCCCAAGCUCACAACUGAACCUGUGCCUGCAGUGACCAUAUCGGGUCCGAAGUCGCCUGUCCCGGUGAUUGACGAACCACAGCCAGAGCCUUCAGCAGCAGAGGUAGCUCUUGCGCCCACACCAGAGAAGCUGGAAGCCAAGGCUCCUGAGACAGUAGCUGACCCCGAGCCGCGUAAGAAGAAGAGACGUUCCAACCAGCAGGUGGUGAACAUUUCCAAGCUCGGCAUUGAUCCUUCUAUCAUGGACGAGCGAGGUCUUGGUUUCGAGAGCCUGCUUACCGAACUGGGCUGGGGUGGUAAUGCCUUUGCGCCAAAGCACGUCGAAAACCUGGAGAUGGACAUCAAACGCGAAAUCGCACGUGUCGAAGCGGGCAGUUGGCUGAAUCAUCUGGAGCAAAAGGACGAUAGGGUCGAGGCCGUGGAACGUAUGCUUGACCGCGCCAUAGCAGAGUGCGACGAGCUUGAAGGCUUGCUCACCCUGUAUAAUGUCGAACUAAGUAGCUUGAACGAUGACAUCGCCUUCAUCGAGGCGCAAAGUCAAGGUCUGCAAGUGCAGACAGCUAACCAGCGUCUGCUGCAACACGAGCUCCGGCAGCUAGUGGAGACCAUCUCCAUCACGGCUGACCAGCUCGAAGUUCUCCGACGUGCGCCGAUUGGCAAAAUCAGCGGUCUAAUUGAGAUUGAAGACGCUCUUGUACUACUAUACAAGGCACUCAUCACCAUCGACCCUGCUUUUGUUGCCGGCAGCCGCGCUGGUCUUGGCCAGACCGCAGGUAGUUCGGGUUUCGGUAACAGCGAGCUUGCGACUAUGCAGGCCUUGCAAGAGAAGCGCGACAGGUACUUGAGCGAGGGUGCUAUGUUCCUAGACCGUCUGAAGAAGCACAUGGAGAUCACUUACGGCGCCGCCUUCUUGACGACCAAGGACGCCCUGAGGCAGAUCGACCAAGGCUCCAUGCCGUCUUUGAGGAAGAACAUUGAAGCGCACGACGCUGGCCGAAGCGAGUUGUGGAUGUUGAGCCCUGUCCUUCUCUUUGCAAAGGAGAUUGACCGAACCUCAUGGGACACUUUGAUCCGCAUGUACCAAACCCAAGCAGCUCAGCUCUAUCAGCAGGAAGUCCGCGACAACAUCCUGGCUUGGAGACGAUUCGCCAGGAAGCCUGCAGGUGACGAGCAGGAUCUCCUCUUCACCACUCAAGAGAAAGAGCCUGAGAGUAUGGCGGGGACUGCACGAAAGCUUACAGUCAAGCGCUCUCAAACGCUGGCGCGCGGUCUUCGUGCAGCAUCUGGCGACAAGGAAACCAAGGUCGUUAAAGCCCCACAAGACGGCAAGCUGUACGCCUUCGAUGUAUUCGGCAGAGUCUUGGAUGACAUCGGCCCUGUUCUGCUCACUGAACAGAACUUCAUCACAGAGUUCUUCCAUGCUACAUCUACAGAUGCUAUUGACUUUCCUGACGCGGUCGCGGCUGCGCCGCCAAAGUCUCGACGAGGACCGAACCUGUGGAUCAGGAAGCAAUUCGAGGCAGACAGGUCGAUGGCAAAGCGUGUCGCUGACGUUAUGGAGGACAUCUUCUCGUUCUGGCCUACCGAAAUCCAGAGCCUUGUCGAUUGGGCUGUCAUCUCUGAUCCUCUGCAAGGCGUAGGCAUCUUGUCCGCUGUCGAUCGUAAAUUGCUCGACAUCGAAGACUCGAACCAGGACUUCCUCACACGCACAUUGCAGAAGAUCCACGAACGCCUGAAGAGCCUCUUCAGUCGCUUCCUCGAUGAGCAGAUCCGCGCAAUUGAGGACACCAAGGUCAAGAUCAAGAAGCGCAAGGGUGUAAUCGCCUUCAUGAAGACGUUCCCUCACUUCUCAGUGGCCAUCGAGAAUAUGCUGCAUUCAUCGUCUGACAGUGGUGACCAGCUCGAGAUCCGUCGCAUGGUCAACGACGCUUACCAGAGGAUCAACAAGGCCAUGUUCGAAAGCCUGAAGGUCAUCGCCAAAGAAUCGCCCACGGUCAUGGGUACCCAGGGCCAGGGUGAUCCAGAAGACAAGGAAGCCCUCAAUUACCACAUCCUUCUCAUUGAGAAUAUGAACCACUACAUGGAGGAAGUUGAUGCCCGACCAGACACCGUUCUUGACUACUGGAAGGGGAAGGCAAACGAAGAGUACAGCGAGCACAUGAAUCUCUACGUCGAUGCUGUCAUCCGCCGCCCGCUCGGCAAGCUUCUGGAGUUCAUCGAGUCUACCGAGACGCUCCUUGCCGCCCGUGGCGGAUCGCCUCAGUCCAUUGCUCAACGUUCGUCGCACUCGCGCUCGGUAUUCAAGAAGCUUGUGCAUUCGCAUGACGCCAAGGAAGUCCGCAAGGGUAUCGAAGCACUCAAGAAGCGCGUGGACAAACACUUUGGCGAUGCCGAUGACCCAAGCAUCAGCCGUGACUUGGUGUUCAAGGUGCUCAAGGAGUGUGAGAGGAAGUACAUUGGGGUCAGCGAGAGGGUGCAGAGUAUCAACCAGGACGUGUAUCAGGGCGAGGUGGAGGUUGACUGGGGGACGAACGAGGUGCAGAGUGCUUUCAGGAGGUAGUGGACGAGCACGUGACGGCACGGAGGAAACUGGGGCCGCGUGUAUAUCUGGUUGGAGGGUGUUGUAUAUGGUACAUUUGCAUUGGGACGGCAAGGGGCUACGGCUGCUGCCUGCUCAUGGCGUUUACAGCGGGCGACGCAUGCUGCACAUUACGAUGGUUGAACUCGCGACGCUUGUGUGUGUUCAGGCACUUGAUCGUCUUUCCGAGCGCAAAUAAAGUCUUUUGACGCCAUCAAUUCAUGCGUAUGCAAGGCGGAUGCAGCUCGAAAGUGACGACACGAGUGGGGCCAGUGCGCGUGAGCUCGAACACCAACCGUUGCGCGUCGACGACGUUUAGAAGCCCCUCGGCGACGCGUAACAUCAGCUGACCUUCG